GAAUAUUAGAAAUUAAUCUGAAAAAUGCCAGGAAAUGCCACAUGCCUAUAACAUGUCACUGAUUUAUUGAAUAUAAUGAACUUUACACGAUUCAUAUUAUAUCUCACACUCUUCAAUAAACCCUUAACAAGAGAAAGAGUAUGGAUGAAAAUGAAAUGUCAAUGGGCCACACUCUAAAGAAUAACACAGAUUCACAAAAUAAAAAGUAUAACCAUGAACAGAAAUGUGGUGAAUGCUCUGUUCUGAGGCUCAUCAACUUUCUAUUGGUAGAAGUAAUAAGCCUUCAGGGGUUUCCAGAAAGGAAGCUGACAUCAGCUCUGACCUCUCUUGGUGUCAAUGCUCUCAAUAAUACAGAAAUGAAAGAAAACAGUGUUAAUGACAGGAGUUCUACUGGAUGCAAGGAAAGCUGUGUGGAAAUACAGUAUGUCAGCAGUGAGGCCAUUAAAGAGAAUGGAUACAUUUUCAUAAAUGGAAUUCUCAGGCAUAAAAAAUACUAAAACAAUGAUCCAGAACACCAAACACCAACUGCCAAACACCAACCACC